AUGAUUUGGGGCCUAGAGGCUAGGAGCAUAUCCACCUUGGGGGAACUGGUGGAAAAAUUCCUCCAUCGUUUUGUAUCCUCCAGACCUACGACCAAGAUCUCGACGUAUCUGUUGAAUAUACAGCAGAACUCGGGAGAGUCACUUAGGUCUUAUGUACAGAGAUUUCAAGAUGAGAGCGUGCAGAUAUCCGACCCCAACGAGCAAGUGACUAUAGCUGUCUUUACUAACGGGUUUGUGGUCGAGACGUUUCACACCGUGAGACACAAGAAAUAUCCUCGCACGCUCCAAGAUCUUUGGUUGAAGGUCGAAAAAGACAUACAAACCGAAGACCUCAAUCAUAUGAAGAAAGAGGCCCAAGUAAUCCGGUCAAGAUCUGACCCUAGGCGGAGGGAGUCAAAUGGAAGUGAGGUCAGAAACAGCAGAGAUCUCCAGAGCCUCGGCCGAGACCGCCGGAGCGUCUUCGACAGAAUAGCCAAGGGAAAGCCGCCAGUCUUGGAAGCCGAGUUAACUCCCUUGAACACCAACCGAUCCCAUGUGCUGUCUGUGAUGGACCAAAAUGGACUUGGGCGAGCCACUCCAAAGAUGAACGGAAAAAAGGAGAGAAGAAAUCCUGACCUGUACUGCCUAUACCAUCGAGUUGUUGGGCAUGAGACAGAGGACUGUAAUGACCUUAAGAAGGAGAUAGAGCAUCUCAUUAAGCAGGGUUAUCUCAAGCAAUUCAUCCGACGAGAUGCGAGUUACAAUAGGAGCGAAUCCCGUCGUGAAAGCCGUGGCAACCAAGGCCGAGAUGACAGGCAGGGUGGUAGAAGCAGUUGCCGACCCCCGGAGGGUCCCAAGGAUGCCAGGAAGCCUCCCAGAGAUGGGUCCCCCGGUCAUGGGUCAGGCUAUGGGCCUAACAUCGUUGGAGUUAUUAACACCAUAGCCUGUGGUCUGACGGGAGGGGACAGUCAAAACUCCCGAAAAAGAACCUACCGACAGGCUAACCCGAACUUAACUGAGCCGAGUUCUCGGCUGUCCGAGGUAAUCAUAUAUGGCCCAAGUGAUCCUGUCCCAGCCACAUCCAGCAGUCAUGAGGCCUUGUUGAUUGAGGUACUAACCAACAAUUACGUCGUCAAGAAAAUGUACGUUGAUCCAGGAAGCUCAGUAGACGUCAUGUAUUAUUGGACGUUCGAAAAUCUGAAACUUAUAAGAGAGUAG